AAAUGGGUGAAAGAGAUUGUAAAGUUGCGUGUGUGAAAUUGGGAGGGUGAGAGGGACGAGCAUAGAUCAUAGCACAUGAUUCUGAGUGUUGAUUUGUCUUCUUCCCUUCCAAUUUUAAUCCGCGGUAAGCCUAAACUAAACGAAACUCUGUCGAUACUUUGCUACAAUUAGAGAGAAACAAAGACAAAGAAACAGAAUCAGGUCUUCCCCAACCCCAAGCAACAAAAAAACCACCGGCCAUUUCCAUUUGACCAUCAUUGCUACUUUGAAAGGAAACUCUAAACCCCAUAUGAAUCACAUGCUUUCCAUCUCAUAACACAACAACCCCACUUAUAUUAAUUCUUCUCUUCUCUUUUUCUUUCUUCAUUCCUCAUUACCAUGGUUUCCCUGUCAACCACCACCCCCUUUCUACCCUUCACUGCACAAAACGCUUCCACCAGAAUCCUUUCUCCCAACACCUUCCGUUACACCAAGCACCGUCACAGGGAUCACAGGAAGGUUGUGUGCGCCUGCAUCGCACCUCCGCAGAACUUCAAGAGCCAGGACUCUUCCCCUGUUAAUUUCAAUGGUUUACACAAAUCAGAACAGCUGAGCGCGGCGCGGGAUCAGGAUGAUGAUUCUGAUGUUCUUAUUGAGUGUAAAGAUGUGUACAAAUCUUUCGGGGAAAAGAAAAUCUUAAAUGGUGUCAGCUUCAAGAUCAGGCACGGUGAAGCUGUUGGAAUAAUUGGUCCCUCUGGGACUGGUAAAUCUACAGUUUUGAAGAUUAUAGCAGGACUUCUUGCCCCGGAUAAGGGGGAAGUUUACAUUCGAGGAAAAAAGAGGGUUGGUUUAGUAAGCGAUGAUAACCUAUCUGGUCUUCGGAUUGGAUUAGUUUUCCAAAGUGCCGCACUCUUUGAUUCUUUGUCUGUUCGUGAAAAUGUUGGUUUUCUCUUGUAUGAACACUCGAGUAUGUCUGAGGACCAGAUAUCAGAGCUUGUCAAGGAAACCUUGGCUGCAGUUGGAUUGAAGGGAGUUGAAGAUCGGUUGCCUUCUGAAUUAUCAGGUGGGAUGAAAAAGCGAGUUGCUUUAGCUCGAUCUAUUAUCUGUGACACCACAAAGGAAUCAAUUGAGCCAGAGGUGCUUUUAUAUGACGAACCAACUGCUGGACUUGAUCCUAUUGCAUCUACUGUUGUUGAGGAUCUGAUUCGCUCAGUGCACAUAAAAGGACGAGAUGCUCGUGGAAAACCUGGGAAUAUUGCAUCUUAUGUGGUUGUUACUCACCAACAUAGUACCAUUAAAAGAGCCAUUGAUAGAUUGUUGUUUCUACACAAGGGAACGAUUGUUUGGGAAGGAAUGACUCAUGAAUUUACAACUACAACAAAUCCAAUUGUUCAGCAGUUUGCAUCCGGCAGCCUAGAUGGUCCUAUCAAAUAUUAGAACACUACUGAAAUUGUAAAGUAGAGAACAACACGAUUACGGCUGGUUUUGGCUAUCCUGGAAUGUGCACAUACAAAUGGACAAUAAGCUGGUUGCAACAAGGAUUAACAUCAAUAGAAUUGGCUACCUGCAUUGGAUUAGAGGCCGACAAUAACAAUUUUUCCUUUUUAUAGUUAGAGGACAAUUUAUUAUUACUGUUAUUGAUGACUAAAUUCAUUGGCAAUAGAAGGUGCUUUGAUGCACGCCUGAUGUUAGAAAAGAUUGGUGGAACAGAUGUAUUUAGUUCUAUGCGGAGAGUUUGAUGUGCUAGAUUAUGUUUUUGUAAGCAAAUCAUUACAAUCAAUAAAUCUGCUUCAUGGUUUUCAAUUUUCCUUA